GUUCAUAUACUACGGAAACGAUAGAUCUCGGGUAAUCUUGGUAGACGCACUUAUUACACUCGCGCAUUGCACGUUGAAGUUUUUAAGGAGGACAGACCAUCAUGAAUCAAUCCGUAAAACUAGAUCAGAACGACGAUCUGCUGUGCACUUUGAACGAGAGCCUCAAAGAACACAACGUACCCGGGCUGAGUAUCGGUAUUAUUGAUCCAGCAUGUAUGUCUGAUAAUAGGAUUGGCGAUGAAAAAAUUCCUAGUUGCGUAUAUACCGUGAGUGCCGGUCACAGCAAGAAAGCGGAUACUGGCGAUGAGAAGAAUGUGUGUAUGAACGAGGACACAUGGAUGCAACAUGCGUCGCUCAGCAAGACUAUCGCGGCUGCUUUCAGUAUAGAGUACUUUUCGAAGUUAGAUAUCCCUUUGACUACACCGGUGAACGAGCUAUUUGAUAAAUUAGGUUCUGAGGGAAACUGCAGCGGCUACCGCCUGAAGUCAGGAACAGACCUGCCCACGGAAUGGGCCGAAAAGGUGACUCUUGCGAUGUUAAUCAACCACACAGCCCUGGGCAUGCACUACGUGUAUGGUAUUCCUCCAAGCCGCGAGGGGGGUAUGCCCGCAGUUCUGGAUCUUCUGACCGGGGUGUACCAUGAUGACUACGGCUAUGCAGACAUGCCUGUGGACCGCGAACCUGGAACCCAGUUCAAGUACUCUGGUGGGGGUUUCCUCGUACUACAGCACCUCCUGGAACUGAGAGAGAAGAAACCCAUUGAAGUUAUACUACGGCCUUUCCUGGAUGCCUGUGGGAUGCCUGCUAGCACCUUCUCAUUCGAUCAGGUCGCACUCGGCGGAAACGCUCACAAAUGCGCCAGUGGCUAUCUCGAGGAUGGAAGUAUGGUACAAGACUCCCGUCUGAUGUUUCCACCACUUGCCGCCGGUGGCCACGGCACCGCAGUUGCCAUGGCAACCUUCUUGUUUCAUUUGGGAACUGCGUAUAAACUGCCAGCGGGUGAGAAGUCCGGCGCAAUUUCGCACGCGACGGCUGUGCUUAUGAUCGAUACAGGGCGGCCAGGGGACAACCCGAGUGCAAUCCAGCAACAGUGUUUUGAGUUCAUGAGGUCGAACAUGGGAUUGGGAGUGUUUGUGCUGUCCGCUGGACCGAACACCUUCCUGCUGCAUCAGGCAGCGAACGACGGUUUUCGUGGGCUGUACUUGGUAUGUGUGGAUGGACCUGACGCACUUCAGGGCCCGCGGGGAGCUGUCAUUCUGUCCAACGGAAACAACAACGCAAUGUUCCUCAACUGCGCAGUGGCCAAGGCCGUACUGAAGACAAUGAAGUUUCAGGGCAUGGAUUGGAGUCUUGUGGACGGUAAGGACUUCUCAUCGAAGGGCAUUGCACAAGAACAAAUCGUGAACUUAGGACUGCGCGAAUUGGUUCUCGCUGCUUUCCAAUAAACUUUUAAAUGACAACAG